AUGGCUGAGUACAAGCUGGAAGUGACAACAGGUAACGUGACAAAUGCAGGAACAUUGGACCACAUACAUGUCAUCUUAAUUGGAACUAAAGGGAAGAGUGAGCGAACUGAGUUGGACAACUUUGGUGUAGAUUUUAAAACUGGGACGACAGGGAUUUACACUGUGAAAACCAGCCUGUCUCUGGGGAAACUUCUGCUAAUCAAGGUGGAGAAAGAUGCUUUAUUUUUUCUCCCAGAGGAUGAGUGGUACUGCUCUAAAAUAGUAGUGACGACUCCAGAAGGAGAUGUUAUUCUUUUCCCCUGUUACAGAUGGAUCUCCAGGGGGGAACUGGUGGAGCUGAGAGGAGGAAGAGCCAUGAAGGUUUUUGAGGACGACCAUCCCCUGUUGAUUGAGCAUCGGGAAAAAGAGCUGAUACUUAAAAAGAGCUUGUACCAUGGUGCUGAACUCAUGUUUAAGGGGCUUGUUGGAUCUACUGAACAAUGGGAGAACAUUGAGGACCUCAAAAAAAUCUUCUGGUCCAAAAAGACACCAGUGUCAGAGUAUGUUACAGAACACUGGAAGGAAGACGACUUUUAUGGAUUCCAGUUUCUGAACUCAAUCAACCCCAAUGUGAUCAAGAGGUGCUCUGAGCUUCCCCCAAACUUUCCAGUCACAGAGGAGACGGUGAAGCCUUUCCUGGAAAAGGGAAGCUCUCUGCAGAAAGAAAUGGAGAAAGGCAAUAUAUUUCUCUGUGACUUCAAGAGGAUGGAUGGACUGCCUGCUAAGGCGUACGAUGGUGAAUCUCCACGUGUGACUGCUGGUCUUUGUUUGUUCUACAUAAACCCAGAGAACAAGUUACUGCCAGUUGCAAUACAGUUACAUCAAACACCUUCUGAGGAGAAUCCCAUCUUUCUGCCCAGUGACUCGGAGACGGACUGGCUGCUAGCCAAGAUCUUUAUUAAAAAUGCAGAUUUCAUGCAGCAUCAGUCAGUCUAUCACUUCAUGAACACUCACUAUUUGGCAGAAGUAUUUACUGUCGCCACCCUGCGCAGCUUCCCUGUGAUACAUCCCCUCUACAAGCUGUUGGUCCCUCAUGUCCGUUACACUCUCCAAAUAAAUACUAUGGCCCGCAAAUCUAUUUUUGCACCUGCCGGGAUUUUAAGUAGAAGUUCACUUGGAUACGAUGGGAUGACAGAGCUCAUGAGAAGGGCUUUCUCUGAACUGACCUACAGCUCCCUCUGCCUGCCAGAUAACAUCACUGCACGAGGGCUGGAGUCUAUCCCCAACUUCUACUACAGAGAUGAUGGCCUGAAGCUGUGGAACAUCAUCAACAGCUUUGUGAAGGCAGUAGUGGAGUACUACUAUCCCUCAGACAGUGAGGUCUGUAAAGACACAGAGCUGCAGGAAUGGAUCAGUGAGAUAUUCACACAUGGCUUCCUAGGAAAUAAAGCCUCAGAGUGUCCAGCAUGCUUUAAUACUGUUGAGGAAGUGAUCAAGUUCAUCACCAUGGUGAUCUUCACAGUGACGGGUCAACAUGCCGCAGUCAAUAAUGGACAGUUUGACUACCACUCCUGGGCGCCCAAUGGCUCACUCCUGCUGCGCAAACCUCCUCCAACCACUAAGGGGCAGUCAAGCAUGAAGACAAUUUUGGAGACCCUCCCAAAUGUUGGACAGACGGUCAGUUUUGCAGCAAUGGCGUGGAUACUUUCGGACAUGUACACUGAUGUGGUUCCCCUGGGUACAUACCCCGAAGAACGAUUUGAUGAGUCUGCCCCUAAGCAGAUAAUUAAGGAAUUUCAAGCAGAGCUGUCCUGCCUCAGUAAAGCAAUUACAGAAAGAAACUCCCAGCUUGAAGUUCCCUACACAUAUCUGAACCCUGCUCAGAUGGAGAACAGUAUAACUAUUUAAAUGAAUCCCAUAAAGUAAUUUUCUGUUUCUGCAUUAUUAACAAUCUCUUUCUUAACACCCUUCUUGCUUGGUGCAUUGCAUUAAGUGAGAUGGUAGAGACAGUUAGUGAGGUGUUGCAUACUGGGGGAAGAAGACUAUUGUAUCAAGCAGGGCUACGGUAGGGCACCUGUAUCAUUGUGUGAAUUAUGUAUUACAUGUUGAGUAAUAACUUAAAUGAGAAGUUUUGGGAAGGAAAUGCUGAAGCACCAGUUCGGACAUGGAUGAUAUGUAUGUAUGAGUGAUGACAUAAAAUUAACUGCUUGGUACCCCUAACAGGAAAUUAUCUCACAUGAGAAAAGGUACCUCAGAAUUUAUCUGCAAGUAAGACCAAUAAUAUGGUAGCAUAUUUUCUUCCUGCUAAUACAGCAGCUGUUAGAGGAUUUUACAGUAACUGAAGUUCUUUAUAUGUGUGCUGUGUAUUCAAUUUCUUUUUACUUUUUAACUAUGUGAGUACAGAACAUAGGUUGAAUAUGGUGAUAUAUGACUGCUUAAGUACUUAUGCAGGGUCACUAGUAUGAA